UGCCCCAGCAUACCCUGCGCAAGAGUGGCUUGCUGGUCCGCUGGAAGCAUGGCGGCUUCUUCGACUGCUGAGAAGGAGAAGGAACGGCUGGGAAGCAAUUCGGCAUCGGUAGGCAGUAACAGUACGCGGGAGCGGCUGUUGUCUGCGCUUGAAGAUUUGGAGGUCUUGUCGAGGGAACUUAUAGAAAUGCUGGCAAUUUCAAGAAACCAAAAGUUGUCACAGACUGGAGAGGAAAACCAGGUCCUUGAGUUGUUAAUUCACAGAGAUGGGGAAUUUCAGGAAUUAAUGAAAUUGGCACUUAAUCAGGGAAAAAUCCAUCAUGAAAUGCAAGUUUUAGAAAAAGAAGUAGAGAAGAGAGACAGUGAUAUUCAGCAACUACAGAAACAGCUAAAGGAAGCAGAACAAAUACUGGCAACAGCUGUCUACCAAGCAAAAGAGAAACUCAAGUCAAUAGAAAAAGCAAGAAAAGGUGCUAUCUCAUCUGAAGAAAUAAUUAAGUAUGCACAUAGGAUUAGUGCAAGUAAUGCUGUGUGCGCACCACUGACCUGGGUUCCAGGAGACCCACGAAGACCGUACCCAACUGAUUUAGAGAUGAGAAGUGGAUUGCUGGGUCAGAUGAAUAAUCCUUCCACAAAUGGUGUGAAUGGUCAUUUACCAGGGGAUGCCCUUGCAGCUGGUAGACUACCAGAUGUCCUUGCUCCACAGUAUCCAUGGCAGUCAAAUGAUAUGUCAGUGAAUAUGUUACCACCAAACCACAGUAAUGACUUUUUGUUGGAACCUCCUGGGCAUAAUAAAGAAAAUGAAGAUGAUGUAGAGGUUAUGUCAACAGACUCCUCAAGCAGUAGUAGUGAUUCUGAUUAAACAUGUGAGGGCUAGGAAUUUAGCUCAGUAGUGUGUGCUACCGCCUGCCUCACAAGUGCAAGGUCCCGAGUUCAAUCCCCGGUACCAAAAAAACACAAAAAAAUAAAAUAUGUGCGACAGCCUACAGAACUGAAGACCAUAGAAUUCUAUUUCUUAUACAGUAGCAAGGAGUAAACUGCAAAGGCAUACUGAUGGAGUAGCCACAUAAAUACUGGCUGUGAUGUAAUUGUGCUGCCCAUUAAAAAUCAAAGUGGAUUUACUUUGUAAAGCCCCAAAUCGUGGUUUUAGUUUUAAUCCUCCAGGCAAAUGUUUGGGGAUUAGUCAAAAUUUAUUCAGUAGUUCAGUACUUUCUGCCCUGUUCUGUUCCUGUUGUGAUGCAUUUGCACAGCUCUGAAAAAUAAGAUUUGAGGGACACAACCCUUGCAUAUAUCAUUAAUGGGCUUCCAGGAAUUAUUUUUUAAAACAGGGCAGUGAAUUACUGAAUAUUUGUCAUAUUUCAGAAUAAAAACUCAUUUGAAAGUGAAGUCUUUUGGCUUCUGUUGCAGGAACAGAAGAACCUAUCUUAGUUUGUACUAUUUGUAAUUAUUAUAACUUGUAAAUAAAUUUGCUCCUGUUUGUGUAUUUCUUUUUUUAAUUUAAAUAUACCCUCAAUGUAGGUAGGACAUUAUUUCUGUAAACCAUUUGCAUUUUUGUUACUUAAAUAGAAUCUGGAGUGAGAAUGCAUGUGAUGUAAUGAGUAUUUGAACUAGUAAUCACAGCUAACAGGUUUCUCUGGCCCACACUCUUUAAUUCUUUUUUUAAAAAAAGUUAAAAUAAUUGAAUAAAACGUAUGUCUGCUUUUAAGGAUUCAUUGUAUGAAAGAUUUUAGAAAGCAAUCACCUGCUUCCCUCACACAUUCCUUCUCUUCCUCUUUUUGUUUAGCAAUACCUGCCUCAGCCUUCUGAGUGCUAGCAUUGCAGGCAUGAGCCAGCACACCCAUUUCUUCCAGUUUUUUCCCUCUUACUGCAGUUUCCCUGAAUGAAUCACUUUUAACUUCUGGCACUUCCAUGUUUAAAUAGUAUGUGUAUACAGUAUUUCUUUUUUUCGGGGAGUGGGGAUUGAACUCUGGUCCUUGCACUUGCAAGGCAGGCGGUGGAACCACUGAGCUAAAUCCCUGGUCCCUUAUACGGUAUUUUUUGAUUUAUCAGUUUUAGACUAUCACUUUUUUUUUUCCUUAUUUAAAACAUGAUAUCCAUUUUGAAACAUUUAGGAAAUAUACUAAAAGCAUAAAUAAAAAUUUCAGCAUUCCAUGUGGAAUUACUGCCAGUUAACAUUUCAGUAUAGAUUCUUUUUCUUUUAAAAAAUCCACAUAUAAUUUUAAAUUUUUACCUAAGAUGCUGCUGUAUUUUUUGUUCAAAUGAGUUGAGAAUUCCAUUUUUCUGUCUUGUUUUUCCAUUUUGAUGAUUGUUGACCUUUGAAAAGUUAGAAGUUAAAUCAAUCUUACAACAAUGCAUGGAAUUAAAGGCAUUUAACAUAUCACUUUCUAGGUUUAUAUUUGUGAACGGAGAACAUAAUAUCUAAUUUUAAAAACCUUGCCCUGUCUGUACUAGCUGUGUCACAGUACUAGCUGUGAGAACAAGUUACCAUAGACCUGUUGGCUUACGACAACAUAAAUUUAUCCUACAGUUUUGUAGGUCCGAAGUCCAAAAUGGGUUUCAUUAGGCUAAAUCCAAAGUGAGGCUCUGGCAGAGAGUGUUUCCUCCUUUUUCCAAGAUUCUGAAGGUUGCCUUAGUUCUGUGGCUCUGGGCUCCAAAUUUAAAAAUUUCUCAUGAUUCAUCACUGACAUUGUUGCCCACAUUUUCCAGGUUAGAAAACCUUGUGGGGCCAGGCUGAUCUGCAGUGUGCCCCCUCUAGUCAAUCUGGAGCCCUUUGCUAUUCUCAUUACUUUGCUUUAUUAAGGGCUGGCCUGAACUUGUUGGCUUCUCAAGCCCAAGCCUCAAUUUUCUGUCUCCUAAUUUUCUUACUCUUCUUUGUUAAGGGCUGGUUUGAUCUUUGUCAGCAACUUGAGCUAGUCUUACCAUUUUCUCUAAUUAAACCUCUUGGGGGCCAGAGAUUUAGCUCUGGUGCAAUCACCUCCCUCACAAAUGCAGGGUCCUAAAUUUAAUUCUUGGUACUGCAAAAAAAAA